UUUCUGACCAAGCACAAUAGUCGUAUAAAUACUCCCUCUGUACCAAUGACAAAGGAACCUAAAAAAGGACAACACCCAGACAACCACCGAUUAUUUUACCCAUAUAUCUACAUACAGAACCAAUGUCCACCCAUCUACGACUACAAAAACCCAUACCUCCUCUUCUACACUAAUAAUCCUCCAACAACCACAAACACAUAAGACACCACUGACCCACACUCCAAUUAUCAGCGCACACAAAUCCUAUCUCAUAGUUUGAUACAAUAUAGAAGUUGGGAAUCUGUGAGAGGCUACCCAACAAUUUCAUUCAAAUAAAAGAAGUACAAAAGAAAAAUAGAGAUGGGUUCGGGGAGCAAUGUGGAAGCUGUUUAUAUGAUACGUGAGAAUGUGAGCAGUCCCAGUCCGUUCGUUUACGACAUAUACAAGAUCCCUGUGCCUGUGGAUGAUGAAUCUUGUCAACCAAUGUCAUCAUCAUCAUUAAAAACCCCAGUUCUGAGCUUGUCAAAGGAUGAAUACCCGUCGGGAAUGGGGUUUUUCUCGGUGGGAAGUAAAAUAUUCAUGAUUGGAGGUGAAAUAUACAAGGAUUAUUGGACCACAUUAAACAAGGAUGUGUAUAUUUACGACACUUGCACUUGCGUUGUUGAAAAGUCCCCAUCAGCUGGUAUGCAAGUUGGCAAGAUAUAUCCUCGUGCAAUGGGUCCUCUCCAUGGAAAAUUUUAUGUGUCGAGUCAUAAGCUGUCCGAUUUCGAGCUGUAUGACCCUCAAUUGCAAUCAUGGUCUCUGCUUCCGCGUCCCCCUGUUCCUUCUGCAGACCAUUCCCGCACUGGUUUUCAUAUAGUUCAACAUGCAAUUGUUGACCAUAACAUCCUCAUAUCAACAUCAACAGGACAUGUUUACGUCUUUGAUUCUAUCGCACAAGUAUGGUCAAAACUAGAGCCUGAUGUUGUAAAUGGUGGUGGAUAUAUUUUGCGUUUGCCUUUCAUUGGUGAGGGUGGGGCUGAGUUUGUAGAUGAUGGUGUAUGGCUUGCAUUAGUGUCUCGGGAUUAUGGUUCCGGCCGUUUCCCUCUUUAUUUUUUCGGUUUUGAUGCUUCCAACAACCAAUUCGUGCGCGGUUCUAAAGUCGGAAAUCUGCCUCCAGUACCGCCUGCUCUCAUGCGGUUCGACAUCGCCACCUUUGUGGUUGGUUUGGGUAAUAAUCGCUUUUUAAUUCUUCGGUCGGGCGUGGACCACGAUCCCUUUGCCUUCGAGUAUGGAUGUAGUCCCAACCAUCAUGUUAUUAUCAAUGUGUUCCGUCUUCAAGCCGUGGGUGCAGUGGGUGGCCUUUUUUCUGCAAUUGAUAAACAUUCUUUGUCACACAUCAUGAAUGACCGACCUCCACUCUUUGGUGAAUUAAGGGACAUACGUGCUUGCUUGCCCGUCUCCUCACCCGUGCUUCAAACCUAAGAUAUAUUUUUAAUGGACUUUAUGCACGGCUAUUUAUAAUCCGUGUCUAAUUUAUAUUUAUAGCGUAAGGUUGCAUUUAAUGUUGGAAAUAGUGACAUAGUUAUACACACAACACUAUACUAUUUGGAAGAGAAUAGAAAUGGAAGAAAAUACUUUUUAUUU